AUGUCAACGCCAGUGACACCGGUGGCGCCGCCCCUCAAGGAUGAGUUGGAUAUAGUGAUUCCGACGAUAAGGAACCUGGAUUUCCUCGAAAUGUGGCGCCCAUUUUUUCAGCCAUAUCAUUUGAUUAUAGUCCAAGAUGGAGAUCCCACCAAAAUCAUCAAGGUCCCCGAAGGAUUCGAUUAUGAACUCUAUAAUCGGAAUGAUAUUAACAGGAUUCUCGGCCCCAAGGCCUCCUGCAUAUCCUUCAAGGAUUCUGCUUGCAGAUGCUUCGGAUUCAUUGUUUCAAAGAAGAAGUACAUCUACACCAUUGAUGACGACUGUUUUGUGGCCAAGGAUCCAACUGGGAAAGAUAUCAAUGCAUUGCAACAGCACAUACAUAAUCUUUUAACGCCAUCAACGCCCUUCUUCUUCAACACACUGUAUGAUCCAUAUAGAGAAGGGGCUGACUUUGUCCGUGGCUAUCCAUUUAGCAUGAGGGAAGGAGUGCCAACUGCUAUCUCUCAUGGGCUUUGGCUCAAUAUCCCUGACUAUGAUGCCCCGACCCAGCUUGUCAAACCUCGCGAGCGCAACACCAGGUAUGUGGAUGCUGUUAUGACCAUCCCCAAAGGCACUAUCUUUCCUAUGUGUGGAAUGAACCUUGGAUUCGACAGAGAACUUAUUGGCCCUGCUAUGUAUUUUGGACUCAUGGGCGAUGGUCAACCCAUCGGUAGAUAUGAUGAUAUGUGGGCCGGCUGGUGUGCUAAGGUAAUCUGUGAUCAUCUAAGUCUUGGAGUGAAGACUGGGCUGCCGUAUAUCUGGCACAGCAAGGCUAGCAACCCAUUUGUCAAUCUGAAGAAGGAAUACAAGGGUAUAUACUGGCAAGAGGAAAUUAUUCCUUUCUUCCAGUCUGUAACCUUCUCUAAAGAAUCCACAACUGUGCAAAAAUGCUACAUUGAGCUAUCCAAGAUGGUCAAGGAGAAGCUCAGCCCAGUUGACCCCUACUUCCAAAAGCUUGCGGAUGCCAUGCUUACUUGGAUUGAAGCUUGGGAAGAGCUCAAUUCACCAGCAAAGUCUGCUCCUGCAGCCAAUGCUGAUACCAAGAAGUAG